GAAUAUGCGACAAUAAUAAGAUAAAGGUCGGGUGUAAAGUGUUACAUAAUCGGAAGAGGUUCGCCUUUAAGAAGCGCGAAGUGCAGGUGGUCAGUAGUUCAGUAUUGCUAACAGACGUGCGGUCGAUAUUCGUCGGAACUAUAAAACGCACGCGGUGUGCUUGGUCUGUUUCUGUCCGUCACCAUUCGCUGGUCUCAGGUGGCGAGAUUUGUGCGACGCGAUUCCAUUGGUUCAGACGGUCUCAGCCGAGGUCUGGUACAACGGUCGACUCAUACUGUAUCAGACGCAACCUGAUUGUCCUCCCCAAUCCCUUCUAUAGCCGGUAUAACGCGAUCUUCAACGGCUUGGAUAAUUAGAGGGAGAGAGAGAGAGAAAAAGAAAAGAGAUUUUAAAGUGAACGGAGGAUUCCAAGCUGGACCUUGAAGCUGCGAAUCGUCCAUCUCGCGAGACUUUUUCACAACUGUUACAAAAAAAACCGGAAAUGCUCUAAUCUGGAAAGCAGGACUUAUUAUUUAAAAAAGUAGCAUCGUAAAGUGGAUCAUUAUUUAUCAUCGAGGGUCUUUGAAAAGAAAUUUAAGGGACUUUACACAAGGAUGGCGCCAAAUAUACCGACAGGAGUACUAUUCGAGGAUGAUGCUUCUACCGAGCCGCAAUCGAUCGACGAGCCGAAGGAGAAAGUGAAAUAUGUUAGGCGCAUUGUUUGGAAAAACGUGAUGACUUUCUCACUCCUACAUCUCGGUGCUCUUUACGGAAUUUAUCUCUUGUUCACGUCCGCCAAAUUGGCGACCAUCGUUUUCACAUUUUUAUUGUAUCAAUUGACCGGCUUGGGAAUCACAGCUGGGGCUCACCGACUUUGGUCACACCGAUCCUACAAAGCCAAGUGGCCUCUUCAGCUACUACUUAUGAUCAUGAACACUAUAGCGUUCCAGGACGCCGCGAUCGACUGGGCCAGAGAUCACAGGGUUCAUCACAAAUACAGCGAGACCGACGCCGAUCCGCACAACGCUAAGAGAGGUUUGUUCUUCUCGCACAUGGGCUGGCUGCUCUGUAGGAAACACCCGGAAGUCAAGGAGAAGGGCAAAGGUAUCGACUUAAGCGAUCUUGAGAGCGAUCCAAUAUUGGCAUUCCAAAAGAAAUAUUAUACCAUAUUGAUGCCACUGCUGUGCUUUAUUUUGCCAACCGUUAUUCCGGUCGUGUAUUGGAACGAGACGUGGACGAACGCUUACUUUAUUCCCGGUGUUCUCCGUUAUGUCUUCACGUUGAACAUGACAUGGCUGGUGAAUUCCGCGGCUCAUUUCUUCGGCAACAGACCCUACGACAAAUAUAUCAAUCCAGCGCAGAAUAAAGGUGUUGCUAUACUCGCCUUGGGCGAAGGUUGGCACAAUUACCAUCACGUUUUUCCCUGGGACUACAAGACGUCAGAGUUGGGCAAUUACACAUUCAACUUCACGACGGCUUUCAUCGACUUUUUCGCGAAGAUUGGCUGGGCCUAUGAUUUGAAGAGCGUCUCCGAGGACACGAUAAAGAAGCGAGUGGAGAGAACAGGUGAUGGCAGUCACGAGUUAUGGGGUUGGGGCGACAAGGAUCAAUCGCAGGAGGAAAGAAAUGAAGCGGUAGUGACGCAUCGUCACACGAAAGCUCAGUAGGAUACUGCGCGUGCGCGUUUAAGACUCUCGAUUAAAUAAGGUUUUUUUUCAUCUUUGACCACGAAUCGAUUCACCUGGACAAACUCCAUGAAAAAUACUAUUUAUGUCGGUCUUCCAGAACUUACGUCUCAACCGUCGUGUAUUUUGGUUUCGACACGUCGUUGCACGAUUAUUUGAUCGGUUCCAUAUAAUACAGUCUUGGAAGGUCCAGCGCGGAGCAGGAUUUUUGUAAUGUCGAUGGUGUUCUGGAUCGCGAGCGUUCUGUACUUGCUCAAUAAACUUUUUUUACCUCUUUACGAGACAUAUAGAGUUAGCUUUUAAAUUAUACGACGUAAUUAUUCGGCAGUUUGUAUCAUUUGUACAAUUUUUUAACGCGUAAUCGUAAGGAGAACAUAUACAUAUUUGUAUAAUUGGACUAAAUAUAAUAAUUAUAUAUUUUGGCUUUUUAAUGUGUCGCGUAAAUCUACAAUGGCGAAAGAAAAAGAAAUGUAGAAAUACAAAUAUGGUACAAGAAUUACAAACCUAAUUUAAUAUAUAAAUACAAAUCUUUUUGAAAAUGUAUAAACAUUGCUCAACUUUAAUAUACAUUUAACUACCAACGACCAAAUUUUGUACGUUAUGCUUUUUCGAAUAAAAUGAAUAAUUCAGUUUUCAAAUCUGAAUAAUAAGCGUAAGACAAUAAAGUCUUAUUGUUAUGCCAAAAUUGAAUUCAUAAAACACGGUAUCGUCCAGAACAUCAACGAAAUAUUAUUCUUCGACACAUCUAAAUGUUACAUUUUCUCCCUUUCUUCCGACAUUAUAAACGCACAAAAAAUUUUUUUAAGUUCUUAUUUGCGAUGUGUUGAGAAAUUAUUUGCCUUUUAUAUAUAAAAAAUACAUCACAUUUUU